ACCAGACGAGAAAGAACAUUCCGGAAGUAAGACAGUGGAGGCAAAAAAAAAACGACGUUCAAAACAUUUGAGACUUCAAACCGCAGUAUCCAGUUUUUUCAAGAUGACUGAGUUUUCUGUCGUGACAGCGCCCGUCGUCAACGUCCAAAUUACCAGCUCCCUGAGCAGCUUCGGCUCAGAGAAACGCUUUGACAAGAGUCUGACCAUCGGUGCACUGAAGAUGAAGCUGGAGCUGAUCACGGGAUGUCCCACCGCACACAUGGACCUGCAGGUCUUCACAAAGGACAACAAACUGGUUGCAACUAUGAACAACAAUGAUGCUCUGCUGGGGUCGUAUCCUGUGGAUGAUGGCAUGAGAAUUCAUGUUGUAAACAAAGAUCCAUCCGUCCAAGUAGGAGACUUUGAGGAUGUUUCUAAAGUGGAGAAGUAUGAGAUGAAGGAUGAGGAGUAUGAGAAGAAACAAGACUCAGUCCUAGCAUGGAAGAAGAGAAACAAGCUGGGUAGGUUUGCAGAGAAGAGUGAGGAGGAGCAGGCCCGUGAAGAGGAGGAGAGAAAACAGAAGGAGAGAGCAGAGGAAGAGGCUGCUAAAGCCAUCACAGUAGGGUCACGGUGUGAAGUCAGAACGGCUAAUGCACCUGCUAAAAGGGGGGAAGUUGUGUAUGUAGGCCUGACUGACUUCAAACCUGGCUGGUGGGUGGGAGUCAAGUAUGAUGAGCCACUAGGAAAGAAUGAUGGCAGUGUGGCUGGAAAGAAAUAUUUUGAAUGCCCACCAAAAUAUGGAGGAUUUGUCAAGCCUGCUUUUGUCACUGUUGGGGACUUUCCUGAAGAAGACUUUGGAAUGGAUGAUGAUGAGAUGUAGAAUAGGAAACAUAAUGUCAAGUAAACAAAAUCAUAAUGGUCACAGUGAACUUUGACUACUACGCAAAAAUAGAAUCUGCUAAUGAAUCUGCUAAUCAGAUAAUGAAUAUGAUCAUGUGUAGCAUUUGAUUUUUAUCUGUAUCAUACUUUAUUCUCUUGAGAACUUUCCAUCAAUAAUUGAAAGUAUAGAUUAUAUGAAUUAAGCCACAAAAAAUUUGUCUGCAAUGGUAAUAAUGUUUUUCCAAUAGAACAUUUGUAUAUGAAGAAGCUAGUUUGUCAGAGAAACAUAUUCAUUUUUAUUUUUGGGGAGCUAAUCGCUGAUCCCAAAUGGAUGAGCGAGUUGCAUGUCAUGCAACUUUGUUUCUGUAAAAUUUGAUGCAUUUUGACAUGAGAUUGAGUGAUUUUGUAAAUGCACUUUGAAUUGAGGUACAACUGUAGAAUGUAUAUUUGGUUUGGAGGCUAUGUUAUACACCUGUGAUGUAUAUGAAAUCUGUGGGGACAGUAAAAUGUGUUGGACACUGUG